AUGGUUAAAGGUGUGAAGCCGUGGUAUUUACGCCAAAGCACGCAGGAUAUUCUUGAGAAGUUUCGGUACAUUCAGCAGCAGGAAGACUUGAGACUUCGAGAAGCUACGUUAAAUCCCGAGACAUCAAAAUGGAGCUUAGGAGUCUCUAUGAGUCAAGAGAACUACGACCGCAACAGGUAUAUCAACAUCAUGCCGUAUGAGCGGAAUAGAGUGAAACUGCGUGUGAAGUCUGGAAAUGAUUAUAUCAAUGCUUCAUACGUCAAAGUUGAGGUGCCUGGCGAAUCGUUGAGGGCAGGCUACUAUAUUGCAACACAAGGACCCACCGAGAACUCGUGGCCACACUUUUGGCAAAUGUGUUAUCAGCAGUGUCCUGGCGAACACGCGGUUGUGGUGAUGGUAACACCACUAACCGAGCAUCGCAAACGGAAAUGCUUUGAGUAUUGGCCUCGCGCCCCAGAAUUCUGUGUGGCAGUACCUCGAAACCAAGGCUUAGACGCGGUUUUUGAGACCGGGCUCGAGGUGCAGUAUGUGGCCGAAGAGCGCGAAAAUGACUACGUAUUGACAACACUGAAAUUGAUGCCCUCAGACCCUCGGUUGCCUCCGAAAACCGUUCAUCAUUUCUACUUCGACCAAUGGCGCGAUAUGUCGAAACCUGACGAGAUCUUGCCGAUUCUGAAACUUUCCAAGCACUCCCAUAAACUGAACUCGCCCGAGAACCCUAUGAUCGUGCAUUGUUCCGCAGGCGUGGGAAGAACAGGAACGUUUAUAACGCUGGAUCAUUUGUUUCACGAUACGCGCGAUUUCACAGACUCAGGGCCCGUUGAAGACUAUCCGCACGAUCUGGUGGAGCAAAUCGUCUCGCAGCUUCGGUCGCAACGGCUCAAAAUGGUUCAGACCCCAGAUCAGUAUCUUUUCAUCUAUCACGCUGCAGAACUUGUCCAGAAUCUUGCCUCUGCCCAAGAUCUCACUAAGAAGUAA